UUUAACCCCUCUCUCUCAUACACGACAUCCCAGAGUUCUCUGUGUUCCACUUUGACAAGCAAAACUGGAAUGCACACAAAUCACAUGAAGGACACAAAUAACAACUUCAACAAUUCACUCCUUUAUGACCAAAAGGAGAAGCUUAUUCAGUCAAUUAAAAAGAUAAAACAUGAAAUUGAAGAAUGUUGUGAAGCUGAGGGAGAUGCCUUCGUGGAAGCACGUCAGGUCGAGAAUAGAUUUGAGGAGAUUGAACGUGAAAUCAGAGCAGAGUUUCAGAACCUCCAUCGCUUUUUGGACGAAGAGGAGGAGAUGGACUUGGAGCGGCUGAGGAAGGAACGGGAUCGACGGGUGAAGAUCAUUAAAGAGAGAGAGAAGAAGAUUUCUAUGCAGGGUAGAGAUCUAGAGAGAGCCAUCGAGACUAUAAACUGCAAGCUAAGGGAAGAAGACAGUCCCAAACUUCUGAAGGAAAUCAAAGCGCUUCUGAAAAGAUGUGAAGUGAAUUUCAUCCCUCCUCCCACUGUAGACAGUUAUAUCUGCUCUGGUCAGUUUGUGGGACCCAUUCAAUACAGGAUCUGGAAGCACAUGAAAGCAUCCCUCUAUCCAAACAUAUCUACACUGACUUUUGACCUUGAGACGGCACAUCCCUUGUUGACCAUGUCUGCAGAGAGCACUUCUGUGAUUUUCGAUGAGGACAAGGAGGUGCCGAAUGAGAACCCGGAUGAGAGGAACCCAAAACGCUUUCAUUACUACUACUGCGUAAUGGGGUCUGAGGGCUUUACUCAUGGACGGCAUUACUGGGAAGUGGAGGUGAAGGGCAAGACCGCCUGGCGAUUGGGUGUGGCUAGAGCGGACGUGCAACGUGGUGAGAUGGAUUCCAGUUCCACAUUGAACGGACUGUGGACGCUGUCUCUCAGAAAUGGCUCGGUCACUGCCUGCACCCAUCCGAAGGCCACGCAGGUGCGCUCAUCUGCUCUCCUCGCUCGCAUCGGCAUCUUCCUGGACUGUGAUAAAGAGGAGGUGUCCUUCUACAACGCUGUGACCAUGAUGCCACUUUUCUCCUUCUACAUGGGUACUGUUUUAGUGCCGAUCUAUCCAUUCUACAACCCAUGUGACAAGGAUGAAGGAAAAAACUGUGCUCCUCUUACCAUUUUUCAACCAACACUCUGAAGGGACUGACAACAUGGAUGAAUGUUUGCUUUCACCGUAUACUACUUCAUCUUUGAAAUGUUGAUCAGCAUCACCUUGAGGCAACACUUUGUCAUGUUUUCGACCUUAAAAUAUAAAACAAUCACACGCUGUAAGUUCUGUGUUCGGGUCAGGGGACACAGCCCCGCCCAUCCCCUGCCUGCGGAAGAGUGCAAUAUGGUUUCCAAACGUUUCCGCAUUCACCAGUUUAGUUAAGAAAUUCACAUGUAUAGCGCUGCCCACAGGGAAACUUAUUAACAACACUGGUAACAGACAAUUGCACUUAUCAACCACAUGGAGAAUCCGUGAGCAAAAGUUCAGUAGUGUGGCUUUAAAUGUUGUAUGCCUUGUUUUUGAUGUUGUUAUCAACUUUACAAAUUAACAGUAACUUACUGUAGCAUGAGACUCAGUACAUGAUACUGUAAGCACAUGAAAUGUAAAGAUUUGAUAUUUCAUUCAACAAAUAUUCCUUAAUAUUAUCUUUAUUUAAAGGAAUAGUUUGCCAAAAAACAACCAUAUAACCUGCAUGCUGUCAUUUUGCACAACGCACGACUAUAAGUACAUGAUGACAAAAUUUGAUGACAUUUUUGGGGUAAACUAUUCUAGAACAAUGUUUCUUUUUUAUUAGAUUUUCUUUUGCACUUUAUAAUUUAAAUGUAGUGAUGCAUUUAUUGUCUGCAAGCCAUGUGAUUCUCACAGUAAUAAAUGAAAAGCAAAAUAAGAAAGAAUAAAAAAUUGUGUGACUAAAAACAAACCAGUUGUUUAGCUCAUACUGUUAAUCUGUGUGUCUAUAAAUACAUACACAACUGUUAAGUUCAGCCCUGGCACUACAAUGGAAACUAUGUGCUGUGAGACAGGCAUGUGAACUAGAAAAGAAUAGAGAGAGAGACAGAAAGAGGGGAGUGAUGCUUCUGUAAACAAAGCACUCCUCUCGUCCUCCAUUUCAAAAGCAACAGUCCAGAAAAAGAAAGAAGAGAGCCAGAUGAGAGACUUUGAGUGUGUUUGACUACAAGGCCAGAAAGCACUAUCUUUGUUGGAAAAUGUCUUCCAGCCUCGGGAGAUCUGUGUCAGAGUAGUCCGCUCAAACAAGAAGAAAAAAAACCCCAAAAAGGUUUUAUUACUGCUGUGUCACUGGUGUGAGGCGACAGGCCUGGGGUAAAAACACCACUGACUCGGAGAAUCAUUCUCAGAUCUUUUAUUAUCGUUUCUAGGCAUGAAAGAAAGGAAGUACUGUAUCACUUAUCUUUACAAAAUGUUACUGUGUCAUGUUUGUGCAAAGAAGAAGACAGUUAAGCAUCACUUAUAGGUGGAAUAAGGAGAAGAGACGAGAGGCACCAAGUGUUAGAAAUCGUUCAUGCACCUGUGGAACACAACCGGACUUGAGUUGACGUGGAGCUUAACUUCUCGUACUCGAUAUCAUCCUCACCCUUGAGAAAUAAUUUUAAAGCACACCCACAGAACUCUGGUAAACCGUCCAAAUGCCCUUUUAGAAUUACUGUACAUUAACCAAUCAGGUCGCACACAUCUGUGAAUGUAGAUUCAGGUUGAUAAACAAUACAAUACUACUUAUUUAUUUGUCUAUCUGACACUUGUACUCUUACACAAUGAAAUUAUCCAAUCAGAUACACAAAGAGACGCACUAAACCCAUGUUCUCUGUGUAUAUAAGGAUCAAUGUACUGUUUUCUUGUAUAGAUUUACACACUACCGCCUAUAAAUGCAUGACCACACUAGCACAGAUAAACACUAUAGGAGCGCAACUCUACUGCAUGCAAUGAAAAACUUCAAUCGCAUAGUAUUGGGUGUGGAUCGAGUCAAAAAUCACAUACAGCACACAGCUGUCUCGGUAUCAAAACAGAAUUUAGUAAUCGGGGGUUAAAUAUCAUCAAAGCGUCUCAUUCUUUGUAGGAAGCGACGCAUUUUAACCUCCUUUAUAUUUCAUCUGGUUUAAUACCAAUUAAAAGGCAAUAACUAGCAGACAUGAGAGAGAGAACACUGCUACAUUGCAUUGAAUUACAUCUAUCCAACCAAAAUUGCUGCUUUACUAACACACCAACACACACAAACUCACAUGCACAAGUACAAAUAAUAUAGGUGGGCCUGCUGAUGGCGCCAAUUCUGAAUAACAUCAUACAAUUCAAAGAGCCCACAGGUCCAAAAGGGCCCAUGAAAAUUCAUCAAGAGCACAUUGUGUCGCACACAAAAUACAAAACAGACAAUAAUCAUGAAUCAAGACUAAUAUAUCAGUGGCAGUGUCUUCAAGGUUCAUGUUUCUCAAUUCAUGCAAUUCUUGGUAGUGAUCAAAUGCUUUAAAACACUGUGUUGAUUCAGCGAGUAACCAGAGGAAUAUCGACUGCCUGGAAACGCGUGAUGCGCACUUCCGGUAUGCACUUAAAGAGUGACAUCAUUUUGCUGGAGAUUGAAAAUUAGGGCAUCUGAAAUCAAGCUCACUUACAUCCAACAGCCAAUAGUAUUAGUGGGAAGCCUGGUCUUAGGGGACCAUGACGGUGAUCCUAUGUUUAUUGGGUUUUUAAUGCAUGAAGUCAAAACCCCUGACGUGGCCAGCUUUAACUUCACUCGUGAGUAAUAAAAUAACCAGGAACUUCUCUCACUCUAUAGAAGCUCACGAUACAAGUCAUUAUUUGAUUAUGUAUGUGUGCGUAUCUAUGCGUUUGGUGUAUUGCUUAGAAUUGCUAAAUUCAAUGCCUGCUCUCUCCAAGCAGAGUGAGGGGGUUUAUCUUCAUAACAUUCCUAAAAAAGGUUCAGAAAAACCCUUCUUACUUAAUAAUUGUUAAAUGUGACGGUGUCAAAUAAUUAUAUUAUUUACAUUAUGUGAUGUAACGCUUGCUAUACUGUAUGCCUUUCAGGUCUUAUUUCCUUGCGUUGAUAUUACAACAGCUGAUAAAGGCUAGGAAAGAACAAGGCCGUUUUUUCAGAGCUUCGUGGGGAAAGGCAUCGCCUGGUCAUUCUAAUUUAUAAUCGAAUAUUGUAAACUUUCAUUCCUAUUUCACAACUUGUGCUUUUUGUUUACUUUUUUUGUCAACGUUUUAAUGCUAAUAUAGCUUAAAAUGUUGUUCAGGUUAAAUCAGGCCAUGAUGUGAGGUAAAGAUAACCUGCGCUUAGAAAAUCUAGCCACAAACCUCUAAUUCUCCCAAACUCACUGUCAUAAAUCUUAGCCUCCGUAAACGCUGUUUAGAGCAGGUUCCUGGACGUACAACUAACCGGCAGUGGUGUUCAGGUUACACUAGAGGCACCUGGAUUAUAUGUAAACUAAGACGUGAGGCUGUUAUCUUGUUGAUGUGACUGUACUGUAAAUCCAGAAUCACUUGUGAAACAUUGUAAAUUAACCAGAACAAACAUUGUAGAUCUUAUAAAGCACGUCUAUUGCUACUCGAGGCUCUAUCAGCAAAUCCACAUGACAACAUUCUGAAGAGAUUAGAAAGGUAUUAGAAGCUAUUCUGCCUGACCAUUGAGAUCUUUUAAUCUGAGCACUUCUCAUUCACGGAAGCAAAGCACCUGUACUGUGUCACCGAGUGUUUGUAAAGGUGAGAUUUUUUU